GAAAGUAUCCCGACGGCGACGGCCCGCGUCCAAUCGAUAACAUGACUAAAAGUCUAACACACGGUGAAAACUGAAAACUUAAAAAAACUUCCAUAAAAAUUCGAACUAGGGUUUUCAAUUUUCACAUCCGAAACUCUAAUCAUCCAAAACCCAAAAUAGAAUCUCAAAUCACCCCCAUUUUCAGUUCAAUUUAUUGACACCAGCGAAAAAAUGGCGGUAGAAGAAGAAAUCAAAGACGAAGCAUUGAAGAAACUAAACUAUCUUUCGCUCGUAUCAAAGGUAUGUUCCGAACUAGAGACACACGUAGGAUUUGGUGACAAAGUAUUGGCCGAAUUCAUCACUGAUCUAGGUCAUAAAUGCGAGACAGUCGAUGAAUUCGAUUCUGAAUUGAAAAAAUAUGGUGCAGAAAUGCCUGAUUACUUUGUUAAGACUUUACUUACUAUUAUUCAUGCUAUUUUACCUCCAAAACCUAAAGUUGAGGGCAAGGGUUCUAAGAAAGAGGGCAAUGAUGGGAAUAGUAAGUUUUCUGGUUUGUCUAUUGCUGAUGGUAGAGAUAGGGUCAAGCAAUUGGAGAGAGAGAUUGAGAUGGAAGCUGAGGAGAGGCGGCGGAGAGAAGAUAAGGAAGAUGACGGAAGGGGUAGGGAUCGGGAUCGUCAUGGUAGGGAUAGGGAUAGGGGUAGGGAUAGGGAACUAGUUAGGGAUGCAGAUAGGGAUAGGGAUAGGGAUAGGGAUAGGGAUAGGGAUAGGGAUAGAGAUAGAGGUAGAGAUAAGGAUAGAAGAGGGAGAGAGGAUAGAAGAGGGAGAGAUGAUGAUUACGAGAGGCAUAAAGAGAGAUAUAAAGAUAGAAAUGGCGAUCGCCGAGAAAGAGAGGAACGACGUUGGAGGGAUGAGGAUGAAGUCGAUGAUGAUGAUGAUUUGAGGGGAGAUAGGAGAGGGGGUAGGAAUGAUCGGAGGAAUGAAAGGCACCAGCCUAAUGAACCUGAGUUGUGGGGAGUUUAUAAGGGUAAAGUUUCGAGGAUUUUUGCUUCGGGUUGUUUUGUUGAAUUUAAUGAUUUUAGGGGCAAGGAGGGGCUUGUUCAUGUUUCACAGAUGGCAAGUAGGCGGAUUGCAAAUCCUAAUGAAUUUGUCAAGAGGGGUCAAGAGGUGUAUGUGAAGGUUAUAUCUGUUUCGGGGCAGAAGUUGAGUCUGUCAAUGAGGGAUGUCGAUCAGGAUACUGGGAAAGAUUUGCUCCCUUCGAAGAAGAGCUCACAAGAUGAUGCUUUUAGGGCAAAUCCUAACGGUGGUAAUGGGUCGAACACUAGGAUAGGUCUUUCUGGAAUUCAGAUUGUGGAGGAGAAUGAAUCUGGUUCUUCGAGGCGACCACUGAAGCGUAUGAGUUCUCCAGAAAAGUGGGAAACAAAGCAAUUGAUUGCAUCAGGGGUUCUUAGUGUGAAGGAGUUUCCUAGCUUUGAUGAUGAAGGUGAUGGAAUGCUUUACCAAGAAGAAGCUGCUGAGGAAGAACUUGAGAUUGAGUUGAAUGAAGACGAACCUGCCUUUCUGCAGGGACAGACACGUUACUCGGUUGACAUGUCACCUGUGAAGAUCUUUAAGAACCCUGAGGGUUCUUUGAGCCGUGCAGCUGCUCUCCAGUCUGCUCUUAUUAAGGAAAGAAGAGAAGUUCGUGAACAACAACAGAGGACAAUGCUUGAUUCAAUUCCAAAGGAUCUUAAUCGUCCUUGGGAAGAUCCAAUGCCGGAAACAGGGGAGAGACAUCUUGCACAAGAGUUGAGAGGUGUUGGUCUAUCAGCAUAUGAUAUGCCAGAAUGGAAAAAGGAAGCCUAUGGUAAGGCUCUCACUUUUGGACAGAAAUCGAAGCUCUCAAUCCAGGAACAAAGGCAGAGUCUUCCCAUUUACAAACUGAAGAAAGAGCUGAUCCAAGCUGUGCAUGAUAAUCAAGUUCUGGUUGUGAUAGGUGAGACUGGAUCUGGGAAAACUACCCAAGUAACUCAAUAUCUUGCUGAAGCAGGUUACACCACUAGGGGUAAAAUCGGGUGUACCCAGCCCCGUAGAGUGGCUGCGAUGUCUGUGGCGAAGAGGGUCGCAGAGGAAUUUGGAUGUCGAUUAGGGGAGGAAGUUGGAUAUGCUAUCCGUUUUGAGGAUUGUACUGGUCCCGAUACUGUAAUCAAAUAUAUGACAGAUGGUAUGCUUCUUAGAGAGAUCCUGGUUGAUGAUAAUCUCAGUCAGUAUUCAGUAAUUAUGCUUGAUGAAGCUCAUGAAAGAACGAUACAUACAGAUGUCCUCUUCGGGUUGUUGAAGCAGCUUGUUCAACGGAGGCCUGAUCUUCGUUUGAUUGUCACUUCUGCAACUCUUGAUGCAGAGAAGUUUUCAGGGUAUUUUUUUAAUUGUAAUAUCUUCACAAUUCCAGGCAGAACUUUUCCAGUGGAGAUCUUGUAUACUAAGCAACCUGAGACAGAUUACUUGGAUGCUGCUUUAAUCACGGUGCUACAGAUUCACCUGACAGAACCUGAAGGUGACAUUCUUGUUUUUUUGACUGGACAGGAGGAAAUUGAUUUUGCAUGCCAGUGUCUCUUUGAGAGAAUGAAAGCCCUUGGCAAAAAUGUUCCCGAACUAAUUAUUCUUCCAGUUUAUAGUGCCCUUCCUAGUGAAAUGCAAUCUAGAAUUUUUGACCCUGCCCCUCCUGGGAAGAGGAAAGUGGUUGUGGCUACGAAUAUUGCUGAGGCUUCUUUGACAAUUGAUGGGAUAUUUUAUGUGGUUGACCCAGGAUUUGCAAAGCAAAAUGUAUAUAAUCCAAAACAAGGUUUAGAUUCUCUUGUUAUUACUCCUAUUUCGCAAGCAUCAGCCAAGCAACGAGCAGGACGUGCGGGGCGUACUGGGCCUGGGAAAUGCUACCGUCUAUAUACAGAGAGUGCAUAUCGGAAUGAAAUGUCUCCCACCACAAUUCCAGAGAUCCAGAGAAUUAACCUUGGGAUGACUACGUUGAAUAUGAAAGCUAUGGGAAUCAAUGAUUUGCUUUCCUUUGAUUUUAUGGAUCCACCUUCUCCUCAAGCUCUUAUUUCUGCUAUGGAGCAGUUGUAUAGUCUUGGAGCAUUGGAUGAGGAGGGUCUGUUGACCAAACUCGGGCGGAAGAUGGCAGAGUUUCCCAUGGAACCACCAUUGUCUAAGAUGCUUUUGGCAAGUGUGGACCUUGGGUGCAGCGAUGAAAUUUUGACCAUAAUUGCAAUGAUCACAACAGGCAAUGUAUUUUACAGACCCAGGGAAAAACAGGCACAAGCAGAUCAAAAGAGGGCCAAGUUUUUUCAGCCAGAGGGUGAUCAUCUUACACUACUCGCUGUUUACGAGGCUUGGAAAGCCAAAAAUUUCUCUGGACCAUGGUGCUUUGAAAAUUUUAUCCAAUCUAGAUCUUUGCGAAGGGCACAAGAUGUUAGGAAGCAACUUCUUAGUAUCAUGGACAAGUAUAAAUUAGAUGUUGUGAGUGCUGGGAAGAAUUUUACCAAAAUAAGAAAAGCAAUCACUGCAGGAUUUUUCUUUCAUGCUGCCCGGAAGGAUCCGCAAGAGGGUUACAGAACCCUGGUUGAGAAUCAGCCGGUCUACAUCCACCCUAGUAGUGCAUUAUUUCAAAGACAACCAGAUUGGGUUAUCUACCACGAACUGGUUAUGACCACAAAAGAGUAUAUGAGGGAGGUGACUGUUGUAGAUCCAAAGUGGCUUGUUGAAUUGGCCCCUAGGUUUUUCAAGGUGUCAGAUCCCACAAAAAUGAGCAAGCGGAAGCGUCAAGAACGUAUAGAACCUCUUUAUGAUAGAUAUCAUGAGCCUAACUCCUGGCGUUUGAGCAAAAGGCGUGCUUAAUUUUCUUUAGUUGUCAUGUUAGGCCUCUUCAAUAUGUCAUGCAUAUUCGAUUGAUGUUUCCUAUGUACCAAAUUUCUAAUCCACUUUUUGUUAUAGAUGCAACGUCCUCUUUGUAUAAAUCUGGAAUAUGGAGUUCCUUCUAUUGAAAUCAGAGGUUUUUGUCCCUUGAUGUUGGAAGCUAAUAUUUGUCUGACAACUUGCCUUUUUCUUGUUUUUUGUUGUGCUCUUUUUGGCUGGAUUAAGUGCAUUGUUUGGUUAGAACAUCUUGAAGGCUUCCUCUUGCUUCCUGGAAGACUAUUUUGAUCCACAUAAUAGAGUACUUUAUCAUUUAGAUUUUUAUCUCUAGUUUUUCUUAGAACUUGAUCUUUCUGAAAUUAUGCAGGAUUAUUGCUGAAAUAUGUGUUUCAAUUUAUAAGAUUUAUGGUUGUUAACCUACUCAAUGAAGGACCUGGAAGCCUAGUUGGGCUUCUUCUGAAUUGUCUGAAACACUAUUAUUGCUUAAACAUAUCAUUGGAAGUAUACUGUAACUGCGGCUGCUUAAUGCAGUCUUGUCCAAAUGAGCCAUUUUGGUUGCUGUUCAGUGUGGUAUAACAGAUGUACAAGGACUACAUGGUUAGAAGGUAAGAUACCUGCAGAUGUUCAUUUGGUUAUUCUACCUGAAUUGAAAUCAAAAAUAGACAUUUCGGAGCGAAGAUGAUGUAGGGGAUCUGCCUCUAUUAUGAUCUAUCAUCCCAAAUUGUCUUGGAAUUUAUUGUGUUACUUCCUAGAAGUAACUGGAAAAAGAUUCUACUGAUACAGCGCAUGAUAACAUGUCAAGUGUUGCUGGAAGUCUUUUAUGCAUGUUCUGCGUGUAGAAGAGUAGAGACUGCUGGACAUCUUUUGGGAAGACCAGUUGGAUUGGCAUAGGCCUUUUGAGCUGAAGCAGUAAAUUGCUGUUGUUGGCUUGUUGCUUGCAGUUUCCUUUUCUCCUGGGGUUAUUGCUUGGUAAGGUUAAAACUACUUUGGGCAUGAAUUCCAUGCUUUUGCAUAUAAUCUUUGUUUAUUAGAAGCUGUAUUGAGAUAUACUUAAAGUAAUAGGUCAUUUAUAACAGAAUAGUGUACCAUUUGCAAGUGUGUUACUUCUAUAUCAUAGUUUGGUGUACUGUCUUCAGUCAUCUGUUCUUAUUGUGUCUUUUCCUUCUUACUCUUGGGGGAAAGGUGGGUAUAUUGAUGUUAUUUGUGAUUUUUUUCAUGAACAAUUACCUUUGUAAGUAUUUGUGGCCUGGUUCUGUUCUGUCUCUUUGAUUAGAAAAGUAUUGACUGCUAUUUUUUGAUUGGAAAUUAAGGUUUUUGCUCUCUGGAGAUCCAAAUUUUGGAUGAGAUGCUGUGUUAUUUGUUAUGUGCAAAUGAUAUUGUAUUGGCGAACUAGACUAGAGUCGAGGUUGAUUUUUAAGCAGAGUUACGGAGGAAUUAAAUCCUGACUUCUUAAGUCUUUACAAGUCAAACCAACUGCGUGAAGGUAUAGUUUAAGUGUUGAGAGGGAACUCAAAUAGGAUUUGGUGGGCAUCAUAUGGAAAGGAGCUAAUCAUAAGUCAGUGUUCUCUAGUAGUUCGGGUUGAUUUUUUUAUUGAGGAAUGAAGAUAUUGAUUAAGACAUGACAGCUAGCUGGCUCAAAUGGAGAACAAAUUGUCUUACAAUUGUACUGUACCUCUAGGUUAGAAUUUUUUAUAAGGAAGCUGACUUAUGAUACUAGUGGUUGGACUCUUAGAAGGAUCGUGUGCAAAGAUUGGGUAUGGUGGUAACUGUUAGAGAUGUAUGUUGAGCUGAAUGUGAGGGAACGUUCCAAGGGAUGGAAUUCAAGUAUCCAACUCAAAAAUAAUGAGCAGGCUGAACCGCUGAAGUUUCUUGUAUUACAGUAUAAGAUUAAAGGAAAACCUGGAUUGGGCGUCUGUGGCGCCAAUCAUUAGGCCCCCAUGUAACGAGAUGGAGAGUUGAAACAUGAGGAUUUUGGAAGCAGUCAUAAGUUUAUUGGGAUAGAGGGGGUACAAAACUCUAGUGACACAGGCUUUAGUGUACUAGAUUCUUAUAUUUCUUCUAAUGCAGGUGAGACAACAUCAGAGUAUAUCUGAAUCACAAUCGGAGCUUUCGAAACUUAAACUAUGUGGCAGUUGAAGUGGUUUUUCUUAUCUCAGUCUAUACUCUGCUAAUUUUUCUUAUAAUCAGAGUUUGAUUCGAUUCCUCUCGAAGGCAGAACUUUCAAUUUUUAGUUGACUCUAAUCUUUUGAGAUUAAAGCGCUAAUAUUGUUGUAUUAAUGUAGUUAAUUCUCUUCUUCCUGCUGUUCACAUAAUUUUUUUUCUUCAGUUGGGCAAGUUCUGAAAAGGGAGAUGUUAAGGCAACGCUGCUGUACACAAAUCGUCCGCCUCUGGACUUC